AUGCCGUGGAAACAAGGAAUACUGGCUCCCAUUGUACGAGCGUUUCAUACCUCUGGGAUUUUGAACAUUUCAGGCCCAUCAAACGCUAUCCCUUCGUACGCUUUACCAUUACGGUUUGCACAGAAUAAUAUGACACAUUACGAAAUGCUAGGAAUAUCACCACUGGCAUCACAUCGAGAUAUAAAGCGUCGAUUCAAGCAGCUCUCCAAGGUUUAUCACCCUGACAUUGUCAAGGCCAAUCCAAAGUACGACGCCCUCAGCGAUGAGGAAAAGAAAAUCAACGAUGAGAAUUAUAUCAAAUUGGUGGCCAGUUACGAAAUCCUCUCCGAUGCCAAACGAAGGCUCACUUACGAUCUCAAGAUCAAGAAAUCUCCACAUGGUGGCUCGUCAUUCGGAGCUGGCACCCAUCAUGCCUCGCGGAGUGGAGAGUAUCGUAAUCAAUAUUAUGGCGAGGCCAAGUAUUAUUCUCGAUCCCGAGGAAGCCAUUAUUACUCUGCUUCGGGGCUUAACUUCUCAAGAAACCGGGUGCAUUACGGCGAGCAGUACAAUCCAAAUGUGAAGUCUACGUUCCAUGGUAUGCCUAAUAGUUCUUCCAAGUAUGAUGUGCCACAUUUCGAUUACGAUGCUCAUUUGAAGCAGCAGUUACGGAUUGAGGAGAUGCUAUUAAAGAGGAAAAUGGAACAGAUGGGAGAAGUUUUCGGGGAAGGCGCAGAAGAUAUGAUCAAUGGGGAUAGAAGGUAUCACAGUAUUUAUCAACGUCAACAAAAGAAAAAAGAAAGCGAAUAA